CAAUGCUGGGGAGAUGAAGAUAGUGUGUAGCUGCUUCUGGGCUCAAGGAGGAGGAGAGGAAUCCACACGCCGACACGAUGAGAUCCAAGGCGAGGGCGAGAAAACUGCCCAAAAGUGACAGCGAGAUUGUAAAUAAUAUGUACGAGACCGACCCCGAUCUCCUUGCUGGCGAAAGCGCAGAGGAGGAAACUGAGGACAGUAUAAUGUCCCCCAUCCCUGUGGGACCUCCGUCACCCUUCCCCACCAGUGAGGACUUCACUCCCAAGGAGGGCUCACCCUAUGAAGCUCCCGUCUACAUUCCUGAUGACAUUCCAAUCCCACCAGAUUUUGAACUCAGAGAAUCUUCGGUCCCAGGGGCAGGGCUAGGGAUUUGGGCCAAAAAGAAGAUUGAAGUUGGGGAAAGAUUUGGACCCUAUAUGGCAGUACAGAGGAGCACAUUAAAGGAAACAAACUUUGGAUGGGAGCAAAUACUGACUGAUCCUGAGGUGACCUCCCAGGAGGGCAAUAUAAAAAAGAUUCCCGAUGCCCUGGGCAGUGAGAAGUUCUGCGGGGACGCCGGCCAGGGCGGCGCUGGGAACUGGCUGAAGUACAUCCGAGUGUGCUGCUCCUGCGACGAGCAGAACCUGGCUGUGUGCCACAUCAACGAGCAGGUCUAUUAUAAAGUUAUUAAGGAGAUUGAGCCGGGAGAAGAGCUCCUGGUGUGUCUGAAGGAAGGAGGUUAUUCCCUGGGGAACAUGGCACCCAGCAUGGAAGAGGAGCCCUCGUUCCGCUGCGAGGACUGCGAUGAGCUCUUCCAGUCCAAGCUGGACCUGCGGCGCCACAAGAAGUACGGCUGCGGCGCCGUGGGCGCCCUGUACGACAGCCUGGGCGACGACAUCAAGCAGGAGGGCCUGGCAGAUGGACAGGUCUACGAGUGCAAGGACUGUGAGAGGAUGUUCCCCAAUAAAUACAGCCUGGAGCAGCACAUGGUGAUCCACACCGAGGAGAGGGAGUACAAGUGUGACCAGUGCCCCAAGGCUUUCAACUGGAAAUCCAACCUGAUUCGUCACCAAAUGUCUCACGACAGUGGGAAACGGUUUGAAUGUGAAAAUUGUGUUAAGGUGUUUACGGACCCCAGCAACCUCCAGCGGCACAUCCGCUCGCAGCACGUCGGGGCGCGGGCGCACGCCUGCCCCGACUGCGGCAAGACCUUCGCCACCUCCUCGGGCCUCAAGCAGCACAAGCACAUCCACAGCACUGUCAAACCUUUCAUAUGUGAGGUCUGUCACAAGUCCUACACGCAGUUCUCCAACCUGUGCCGCCACAAGCGGAUGCACGCGGACUGCCGCACGCAGAUCAAGUGCAAGGACUGCGGGCAGAUGUUCAGCACUACCUCCUCCCUCAACAAGCACCGGCGCUUCUGCGAGGGCAAGAACCAUUACAACCCCGCCGGCAUCUUCGCCCCCGGCCUCCCCCUCACGCCCACCUCCAUGAUGGACAAAUCCAAGCCCUCUCCCAACCUCAACCACGCCAGCCUGGGCUUUAACGAGUAUUUCCCAUCCCGCCCGCACCCCGGCGGGAUCCCCUUCUCGCCAGCCCCUCCGGCCUUCCCCGCCCUCACCCCGGGGUUCCCGGGGAUUUUUCCGCCUUCUCUGUACCCCAGGCCCCCUUUGUUACCACCCACGCAACUGCUCAAAAGUCCCCUGAACCACACUCCGGACGCGAAGCUCCCCAGCCCCCUCGGGAACCCGGCACUGCCGCUGAUCUCCGCGGUGAGCAACAGCAACCAGGCCCCUUCGGGGGAGGAGAAAUGUGAAAGCAGCCUGGAAAACUCCUACCUGGAGAAGCUAAAAGCCAGGAACAGUGACAUGUCCGAUGGCAGUGACUUUGAGGACGUUAACACAACCACGGGCACGGAUCUGGACACCACGACCGGCACCGGCUCUGACCUGGACAGUGACGCGGAGAGUGACAGGGACAAAACGAAAGACAAAAGCAAACAAAUCGAGACCAAGCCAGAUUUCAUCAGCAGCUCGGUGUCUGCGAGUUCCACCAAUGCCACGAGCGAGAUCCCUCUCUUCUAUUCUCAGCAUUCCUUCUUUCCUCCCCCCGAGGAGCACCUGCUGCCCACCACGGGGGCGGCCAAUGACUCUAUUAAAGCUAUCGCCUCCAUCGCAGAGAAAUAUUUCGGGCCUGGCUUUAUGGGGAUGCAGGAGAAAAAGAUGGGUUCGCUCCCGUAUCAUUCCAUGUUCCCUUUCCAGUUCCUCCCCAAUUUCCCCCACUCCCUCUACCCUUUCACGGAGAGGACCCUCAAUCACAACUUGCUGGUCAAGGCAGAACCAAAGUCACCCAGGGACCUCCACAAAGUCGGCGCCAGCAGCUCGGAGUCCCCCUUCGAUCUCACCACGAAGCCAAAAGAGAUUAAGCCAAUCCUGCCGCCCCCCAAGGUCCUCCCGGCCCCGUCCUCGGGGGAGGAGCAGCCACUGGAUCUGAGCAUUGGCAACCGCAUCCGAGCCAGCCAGAACGGAGGGAGAGAGCCACGGAAAAACCACAUUUAUGGGGAGAGGAAGCUGAUGGCGAGUGAGGUGUUACCUAAGAUUUCCCAGUCCCAGCUGCCUCAGCAGCCUUCCCUGCACUACGCUAAGCCAUCGCCCUUUUUCAUGGACCCCAUCUACAGCAGGGUGGAGAAGCGGAAGGUGACAGACCCCGUGGGUGCCCUCAAGGAGAAGUACCUGCGACCCUCCCCGCUGCUUUUUCACCCCCAGAUGUCAGCCAUCGAGACAAUGACGGAGAAGCUGGAGAGCUUUGCAGCCAUGAAGGCCGACUCUGGCUCGUCCCUGCAGCCCCUUCCCCACCACCCCUUCAACUUCCGAUCGCCGCCGCCCACGCUCUCCGACCCCAUCCUGCGCAAGGGCAAGGAGCGCUACACCUGCAGGUACUGUGGCAAGAUCUUCCCACGCUCAGCCAACCUGACGAGGCACCUGCGGACACACACGGGGGAGCAGCCUUACAGGUGUAAAUACUGCGACAGAUCCUUCAGCAUCUCCUCCAACCUGCAGCGACACGUGCGGAACAUCCACAACAAGGAGAAGCCAUUCAAGUGCCACCUGUGCAACAGGUGCUUUGGCCAGCAGACCAACCUGGACAGGCACCUCAAGAAGCACGAGCACGAGAACGUUCCAGUGAGCCAGCACUCCGGAGUCAUCACCAACCACCUCGGGACCAGCGCCUCCUCCCCCAACUCGGAAUCAGACAACCAUGCACUUUUAGACGAAAAAGAGGAUUCCUAUUUCUCGGAAAUCAGAAAUUUCAUCGCAAAUAGCGAGAUGAAUCAAGCGUCGGCUCUAGCAGAUAAAAGGCCAGAAAUCCAGGAUAUCGAUGGCAAUUCCCAGUGCCACGGACUGGCAAACGAGAAGACAGAAGAUGUGGAUGAUGAGGACGAAGAACUGGAAGAGGAAGACGACGACAGCCUGACUGGGAAGUCCCAGGACGAGACGGCGUCGCCCACAGCAGAGCCCCGGGGAGCGUUCGAGGAUGAGGAGGAUGAGGAGCCCACGUCUCUCACCAUGAGCUUUGACCACACCCGAAGGUGUGUUGAGGAGGACGAAGCCGGCCUGUUAGAUUUGGAGCAGAUGCCGAAUUUUGGGAAGGGGCUGGAUCUCCGCAAAGCGGCCGAGGAAGCAUUUGAAGUUAAAGAUGUGUUUAAUUCCACCUUAGACUCUGAGGCAAUAAAACAGACUCUGUACAGGCAGGCUAAAAACCAGGCUUAUGCAAUGAUGCUGUCCCUGUCUGAGAACGCUCCCCUCCACGCGUCCUCCCAGAACUCUCUGGGGGCUUGGCUGGACAUGGCAGGAGCAGCUUCAGAGUCGGGGACCUUUAACCCCAUCAACCACCUCUGAGAGGGCCACAAGGCACUGGCCGGAGCCCGGGCGAGGCGGCCGUGGUGCUGCAGCCAUCCCAGCAAAAUCCCAGCCAGCAGAAGAUGGAUGAGAGGGCCUCAGGGAGUCGUCUGGACUUUGGGCUGAGAAGGAAACCUGUCACACCCGACCUACACGUCCUGCAUUUUUAUCUCUCCGGAGUUCUCCUUUCUAAUUUAUCAGAAUGAACCUCUCCCAAACUGGAUAACCCUGAAGCAGCCCCGGGAUUUUACAGCCUGUAGGAAUAGCAUGAGCAAGACACGAAUUGCAACAGUGCAAUCAAAGAUUGGCCCCUCCAACCUUCCAAACCGGUGUCACUGAGCCAGCACAGCCUGAGCAGGGAUGACAGAUUGGAACCACACGGCAGCAUUUCCUUCCCAUCCAGCUGAAUGGUGAAGCACCAAGGGAAGAGAGCCAGGUGUGACCUGUCCUUGGUGCAAUUCUGACACAGCCACUGGAGUCACGCCAGGGAAAGGCAAAUUCAACCCAUUUGACUGACCCCCCGAAAGAAUUCGGAAUUCUGCACUCCCACAGAAACACCGUCCUGUCCUGUGUUCCCAGCAAAACACUGGCACAGUGCAAAGCUCCUCCAAGGUGAGGCCACAUCACCUGCAGCCAUUGUGAGCCACAUGCAGGUCCCAGCUGAGACAUCUCCAGCCUGGAACUGUGCUGAGGUUGGGGUGACAGAUGUGUCACAGGGACACGGCUGGUCAGCUGUGCCCUGAGCAGGCCUGGGAGAGCUCCCUGCCCCUCCUGGGAGUGCCUGGGACAGAGCUGAGGUGGAGCUCCUGGGAACGCUUGGAUUUCCCCUGGCACAGAGGUCACAGGGUAAAGCCUUCCCCGGCUGUGCAUAAGGAAACAUGUGCUGGGCAAGUCUGGCCUCACCCAGGGCAGCUCGGACACAUCUGUGUCACCUCCAGGGGGUUUCAGGGUGACAUCACCCCGUGCUGAUGGUAUCUGGCACAGAUCUCUGAUUCACACCUUGUUUUGGCCUGGUUUUCCUUCUGCUCCGCCCGCUGCUGCUUGGCCGUGGUUUAAGUAGAAAGAUGAAUAUUUCCAUGCUCCAGCAGCCUGAGGGGUGCAGAGCACAGAGAUAAGAAUCCUGUUGUCUCUAAAAUUUCUCAGAGAGAUUUUAUGAGUGAUUUCCAAUCACUCCAAAGCCACAUCUUCUCUACUGAUAUAAGGCAGCCUCAACAAAUCCUGUGGGCUUUGUGCUGUUCUCUGCUGCAAUUCCCAUCUGCUGCUGGAGCAGGGGAUUUGGAGAUGACAUUCCUUUAUGGAAUGGUUAGGAAAGCCAUGGAGAAGGGCAGAUGGAGGGUUCUAAGCCAGUCCAGUGUGGGAAGCUUCAUUCCAGCAGGCCAAAAAACAGAACCAGCUCCCUGAGUGAAGCAGAGUUGGGUAUGACACCUUUGCAAGUCAGCUUUACACCCCAAAACACACAUGAGGUUGAUUUUGGGGAGCCUCAGACAGGCCCCACAGGAAAGCAUCCAGGGUGCCUGUGGUACAGAGGGUACAAAAGGUAACUUAGCAACACCAGUGUGUUUCCCAAGAAAAUUUCCCCUCCCCUUUUCGGUUUUCCACAACAUCCUGUGAAAGUGCCCAAGGCUCUGAGAGCACCAGGCGGUGUGACCGAGCUGCUUCAUGUAUUUGCACAAAGCUCCUGGGUGGGCAGAGCCUGAGAGCCGACCCUGCCGGAGGAAUCCUGGCUCUGCAGAGGAGAGGGACAGCCCUGUCCCCUCCUCAUCCCAUCCCA